AUGGCGUCUAGACAACAGCUCCGGAUUGCACUCCGAAGGCUCUCUACGCCGGUCGUCAAAAGGCCGAAUGCAUACCGGCAAGCAGUGAGAGCAGCGGUGCCUGCGGUGCAAUUCUUGUCGACCACGGCUGUGCGGGCGCUGGGGGCGACGCGGCCUCGCCGUUCGGACAUCACACCCACGUCUGAGAAGUACCCUGGUCUGCAGCGCGAUCCUCGGUUCGCACACAUCACCAAGGAGCACAUUGCCUUCUUCAAGGAGCUCCUGGGUGAGAAUGCGGUCAUCGAUGCGGUGACGAAUCCAGCGCUGCAGGACGAGGUGGAGGCGUUCAACGGCGACUGGAUGCGCAAGUACCGCGGGCACAGCCAGCUGGUGCUGCGGCCCGGCUCGACGUCGGAGGUUAGCAAGAUUCUAAAGUUCUGCAACGACGAGCGGCUGGCGGUGGUGCCCCAGGGCGGUAACACGGGCCUCGUGGGCGGGUCAGUGCCAGUGUUUGACGAGAUCGUUCUGAGCAUGGGCCGGAUGCAGACCAUCCGGUCGUUUGACGACGUCAGCGGCACGCUCGUGGCGGACGCCGGCUGCGUGCUGGAGAUCGUCGACAACUACCUGGCCGAGCGCGGCUAUCUCUUCCCGCUGGACCUGGGUGCCAAGGGCUCGUGCCACAUUGGCGGCAACAUCUCGACCAACGCGGGCGGCCUGCGGCUGCUGCGGUAUGGCAGCCUGCACGGCAGCGUGCUCGGCCUUGAGGUGGUGCUGCCGGACGGCACGGUGCUGGAGGACCUCAGCAAGCUGCGCAAGAACAACACUGGUUACGACCUGAAACAGCUGUUCAUCGGCGCUGAAGGCACGCUGGGCGUGGUGACGGGCGUGUCGAUCCAGUGCCCGCAGCGGCCGCAGGCGGUCAAUGUGGCCUUCUUGGGCUUGUCGUCGUACGACAAGGUGCAGCAGGCGUUCCGCAAGGCCAAGUCGCAGCUGUCCGAGAUCCUGUCGGCCUUUGAGCUCAUGGACGCGGGCAGCCAGCAGAUUGUGCGCACGGUGCGGCCUGAGAAGCGGCGGCCGCUCGAGGGCGAGCAUGCGUUUUACUGCCUGAUUGAGACGAGCGGCUCCAACGCCGAGCACGAUAUGGCCAAGCUGGAGGCCUUCCUGGAGGACGUCCUGGGCGAGGAGAUUGUGGAGGACGGCGUGCUGGCGCAGGACGAGACCCAGGUGAAGGAGCUGUGGACGUGGCGCGAGGGCAUCACGGAGUGUCUGGGCCACCUCGGUGGCGUGUACAAGUACGACCUGUCGAUCCCACUGGCCGAGCUGUAUCAGCUCGUGGACGACACGCGGACGCAGCUGGAGGGCGCCGGUCUCAUCGGCGACACCAACGACUUCCCGGCCGCGCAGGUAGUCGGCUACGGCCACAUGGGCGACCAGAACCUGCACCUCAACAUCGCCGUGCGCGGAUACGACAAGAAGGUCGAACAGGCCCUCGAGCCGUUUGUCUAUGAGUGGGUCUCGAAGCGGCAGGGCAGCAUCAGCGCCGAGCAUGGCCUUGGGCUGGCGAAGAAGAAGUACAUCGGGUACAGCCGCAAUGCGACGACGGUCGGGCUGAUGAAGCAGAUUAAGAACACUUACGACCCGAACGGCAUCCUGAACCCGUACAAGUACAUCUAA